GCCGUGCGCCGAUAUUUUACAGUCUCCCUCUUUCAGAGUGGGUCGGGACAGAAAGAGCAAAUGAUUUACUAUCUAAACACAGCGGAUUUAAAACCCUCCCCAGUGCGGGCGGUGCAGGAAACCGCGAAUCUCAACUGACAAGCUGUCUUUGCUCUUUUAGCGAAAGAAAUUUUUAAAACUGGGGAUUUAGAAGAGUUCUGAGCUUCUCUUUUUCUUCCCCCAUCAAAUUGAACGGACGUUUGUUUUUUUUUGCAUCGAAUCUUAUAAGGAAUGAUACCAAGGAAAGACCCCAGCAAAACCCAGCGGAUUAUAAUUUUUAUACACGAUUGGACAAGUGAUUUUUGAAUCGAUUUGAAUUUGCGAGAAGGGAGCGGUUCACACGCAAUGUUGCUGAUGGGGAUUUAUUUAGCCUUGACACUUAUUGAUGGACUGUGGAAUGUGGAAGGGGCCCACAGUGAUUGCUUACAGGCCAGCGAGAGCUGCAUCAAUGACCCCAAGUGCAGCUCCAAGUACAGGACAUUCCGCCAAUGCAUGGCUGGCAGCAGUGCAGCUCCACUGGGUCCCGGUGCCAAGAACCAGUGCAUGAGUGCGGUGGUGUCGCUUCUCUCCAGCCCCCUGCACAACUGCAAGUGCAAGCGAGGCAUGAAGAAGGAGAAGAACUGCCUCGGGAUCUACUGGAGCCUCCAUCAGAGCAUGAUGCAAGGAGAGGAGACAGCCGACAGCUCCCCCUACGAGCCCAGCAAGAGAGGGUAUGACUAUGCCAGACUGGCCUCCAUAACAGCAGGUUUCACAGGGUCUGAUGUCGGCGUCACACGGGCCAACCGUUGCCUGGACGCGGCCAAAGCCUGCAACGUGGACGAGUCGUGCCAAAGGCUGCGGACCGAGUAUGUCUCCUCCUGCAUCAAGCGCUCCAGCAAGACGGAGGCCUGCAACCACCUCAAGUGCCACAAAGUCCUGCGCAAGUUCUUCGACCGCGUCCCCGUCGAGUUCACGCACGAGCUGCUCUUCUGCCCCUGUGAGGACACGGCGUGCGCCGAGCGCAGGAGGCAGACCAUCGUCCCGUCCUGUUCCUACUAUGUGAAGGAGAAGCAGAACUGCCUGUCGCUGCUGGAGUCGUGCAAAGUCAAUGUUGUUUGCAGAUCGCGGCUCGCAGAGUUCCAAACCCGUUGUCAGCCUUCAGCACAGUCUGUGAGUGGUUGUCUCAGGGAGAACUACGCCGCAUGUCUGCUCUCAUACACUGGGAUUAUAGGUACUGUGAUUACCCCGAACUACAUUGAUAACUCAAGCUCGAAUGUGGCACCCUGGUGUACUUGCAGUGGGAGCGGAAACCAGAGAGAGGACUGUGAGAGCUUCCUCAGCCUCUUCACCGAUAACAUCUGCCUCAAGAAUGCAUUUCAAGCAUUUGGAAAUGGGACAGACCUUAACACAGGCUCCAGUGUGCAUCACUCCACGUCGCAGACCUGGGGGAACAGACACAUAAACAGCACGGAAGCUUCACACCAGGAGGAAAAUGCGUUUAGUUCAGCACUACCCACACAGUCGGCCGACGAGCGGUUGCUGUGGAAGGAGUCGAACCCCAGCCGGGCGGCCUCCGAGGCCCGGGGCCUGGCAGCGGCCUUGCGCUGCGACUCCCGGCUGCUCUGGAGCCUGCUGCCAGCCGCGCUCCUCUUCCAGCCCACGAUGUGAAGAUGGUGGAGGGCCCAGGCCGCGACACAACGCUCCCGAUCCCAACUCAUCCCACCCAUCCCCGGAACACGCACCAGUAGGACCGUCUCCACGAUCGCCGCCCGCUCCUACACUCACCCCGCACCGGGGACCAGCAGAACAUUUGACACACAAAAAAAGGGGCACGAAAGGUUUGUGCAGCGUCGUCAAAGGUAUAUAAACACGGCCCACGCUCGCACCGGAAAACUGGACAUCGCAUCUCAACCGGAGAAGAGCAAAUCAGCCGCACACAAGCCCAAUAAGCCAUUCAGCGACGCACAUUUUCUCCGGGGGAACCAUUUUAGUGCCGCGCAUUUCUUCUCGGGGAAGUCAUUCAGCGACGCACAUUAUUUUCGGGGAAGCCAAUUAAUGACGCACGUUGCUAGGAUACGGGACCUCCAUCAGCAACAGGGUGGCUCCUUGUCUCCUUCAAGUAAGGAUCUUCGCUCUCCUUUACACUACUUUCAAAGACAAUUCAGAAAAUCAUUACUAAAAUACAGUUUAAUAAGCUUCUGUGCCCAUGUUGUGAUGUUCAAGGUCGGAUUUCACUAAUGCAUUAUAAAUAGUUGUAAAGUAUAGAGAAUGAAUUUAAACGCCUUAUUACCCGAGUUUGGUAUUAAGGGUCUAUUGCAUUAAAUGGAAGCUUGGUGCAUUUUUAAACAAUUGCCAUUUAAUUCCACUAUUUUAAGGGUUAACAGCUAAUUCUCUAACUGGGGGGAAAUUGGUAGGCAGUCGGUACCCCCCCCCCGUCAGCAUUGGUGCACAUUCGGGAUUUCCUCGCAUAUCUCCAGCCCAUCGUCUUCAGAAAGACCUCAUCCAUCUUCUCACUCUGAAAAUGCAGCAUCCCAAAGAGAGAUAAGCAUGGAAAGUGCUGGGGAAACUCAUCAGGUUAGACAACAUUUGUAGAAAGAGGAACAAUCAAUAUUUCAAGUCUGGGUCUCUUUCCACAGAUAGUGCCCUACCCGCUGACUGUUUCCGGCUUUUUUUUUCUGUGCUUUUUGCAAAAUUGCAACAUCUGCAUGGCUUUUUUAAUUCCCAAAGAAAGAUCAUACUUUCAUUUUGGACAUUUUUAGUAACAAUGAUAAUUCCUCGUUUUGUUAAAAAAGAGUUGUUUAGAUUUGCAAUUAUGUUCAGUUGAAAGUUAAACCAAAUAGCUUCAGAGUUCCCAAAUAUGUAAGAUAAAUUGUUCAGGUCAUUUUUUUUUCAUUGUGCAGGAGUGCUAUGGGAACUAAUUCCAGUGUUGCAGGUUCAAUCCUGGUUCCUGUGCUCUCUAUGUGGAGUUUUCAUGUUCUUCCUGUGAUCAGACCAUAAGAUAUAGGAGCAGAAUUAGGCCAUUCAGAUCAUCAAGUCAUUUCCAGCAUUCAAUCAUAGAUGAUAUUUUGCAACCCCAUUCUCCCACAUUCUUCCCUGCUUGGUUCCUUAAUUAGUAAGGAAAUUAUGAAUCUUUUCCUUAAAUACACCCAAUGAUUUGGCCACCACAGCCCUCUGUGGCAACAAAUUCCACCGAUCAGUACCCUAUGGCUGAAAAAAUUCUUCUUCAUCAGUUUUAAAUAUAUUCUCUUUAUCCUGGGACUGUUCCCUCAGAUCUUGGACUUUUUGUCUGACAGAAUGUGAUCACAUUCACACUUUCAAGGUAUUUCAGAAUUGGGUGGGUUUCAAUGAUAUCAAACCCCAUCUUUCUGAACACCAUUGAGUGCAAGCCCAGAUACAUCAAACGCUCCUCCUCCAGGCCUUUCAUUCCUGAAAUCAUUCUUGUGAACCUCCUCUGGACCCUCUCCAGGGCCUGCACAACUUUUCUGAGACGUAGUGCCCAAAGUUGCUCACAAUAUUCCAAAUGAGGUCUAACUAACUCCUUUAUAAAGCCUUAGUAAUACAUCCUUUUGUGUUCUAGCCCUCUUGAAAUGAAAGCUAACUCUGCAUUUGCUGUCUUUGGCAUUGACUCGAUUGGUAGGUUUUUGUUGGGCACUCUGGUUUCCUCCAACACCCUAAAGAUAUGCUGGUUGGAAGGUUAAUUGGAAACAGUAAAAAUGCCCCUGAUUGUGUAUGUGCGUGGGAGGAGAACUGAGUGGGGAGAUGGGAAUGUGAGAAGGAAUACAGUGUAGGGAAAUGGGAUUGCUCGGAGGGCAUUUGAUAGUUUAAAUGAUGGCCUACUGACUUGGAAGAGAAUAAGGAAGAAACAAUGAAAAUUAAAUUCGCACUUAGCUAUGAAGUUUAAUUAAUAUUCUUGUACUUAUCUCCUGACUGGUCCUGCUCCUUCAUGCCACUUAGCCCAAAAACACCCCAGAUGUAAAUUAUUUAAUACUUUGUACAAAUCUCUCCAUGAUGUGUUUGUGAUAAUUUAUCAAAACUCUCCAAACUUUGGGCAGGUCCCGGUGGAUUGGAAGAUAGCGAAUGUCGUGCCACUAUUUAAUGUAGGCUAAAGGCAGAUAACUUUGGGCCAGUUAGCUUAAUGUCUGUAGACAGGAAAAUGCUUGAAGGUAUUGUUAUGGAAGAGAUAGUGAGCCAUCUGGAUGGAACUGGUUUCAACAGGCAGUCACAGCAUUGAUUCAUAAAGGGCAGGUCCCAGUUGGACAAACUUACUGGACUUCUUUGAGGAUAUAAUGAACACACUGGAUAGAGGGAGAGCAGGUGGAUGCUGUAUACUUGGAUUUCCAGAAGGCAUUUGAUAAGGUGCUGCAUAAAAAACUUUUCCAUAAAAUAAGGAUGAAUGGAAUUGGGGUUAAUGUAUUAACAUGGAUAGAGAAUUGGUUAUCCACUGAAACCAGAUGGGAUAAAUAGGAUUCCUCUGGUUGGCAAUCAGUGCUGAGUGGAGUGCCGCAGGGGUCGAUGCUGGGCUCGCAAUUGUUCACAAUAUAGGUUAAUGAUUUGGAAGCGGGGACUGAGUGAAAAGUGUGAGUCUAAGUUUACUGGUGGCACUAAACUGAGUAGAAAAAGCAAAUUAUACAGAGGAUGCAGAGUAAAUCCCCUUGCUCCCCAAAAGAAAAAUUAUGCAAUGGAAAAAAGAAAUCGCUGAAUUUUGUUAUUUAGUGGUUACAUCUUACCAGUUUAAGAAAUUCUGAUUCCUGAUACUUUACACACCAAUGGUAUUAUGGGAAUACCUUCAUGAUACAUAAUGGUUCAGCUGAGUCAUAAUCUCCUGAAGGUAAAGACUUGGUUUAUGAACACUAACAAAGAUUACAGAAGUUAUGUCAGUCUUUGUGGAAGUGAGAUACAUUAACUCCUGAACAAUGCAGAAGCAUAGUUGUCUACUGCUAGCAGUGAAGAAGUAAGGUGAAAUGGCAGUGCCUUGUGCCGGCAUUUAGUAAUGCACCCUGAUAGCAGUAUUGAAUGUGAGUAUUCUUUAUGAGGUCAUGGCCCAAAGCUUGUUCUCCCAAGUGACAAUGGGCAGGAGUGGCCAUCCUGAGCCUCAGUUGUUAAGCUGGAGGAAGUUUACUCAUCUUGCACCUGUUUGAAAUGACAAAUCCCUUAGUGAGAUUACACAACAUUUGUCUUGUUGGCUUCAGGCCCGUGAAUGUGUGACAGGUGAAAAUGUCCAGAUCUGAGGUCCACUGUAAUACGAGUAUUGAUUAUGCAAAAUAAUAUUAAAAAUCUGAAUUAAUAUAGCAAAUAAAAAUAAAAAUUGUGGCUCUCUCAAUUGCUGGCAGUUUCUUCUCUCGUCACCUAGGAGAUUGGUUAAGGUAACACAGAUUUAAAGUAGAAUGACCAUAGGAGACAGACAGAUAAGUCACUUAGAGAGUAAGUUGUCAUUGGAAUCUGUUGCUUGUGAGGGUGGUGAAAGUAGUUUUGGAAGUGAUUUAGAAUAAAAGAAAGAAUAGCACUAAUUUGAUUUGUUCUCUCAGACUUGAUGAGCCAAAUGGCAUUCUGCAUUGCCUCAUUUUUUGAAUUCCUACAGAAUUUGUUAAUUUUCCCCUUAGUAAAAGUGCUGUCAUCUGGCCUAUUGUCAUAGAUAUUAGCUAUCAUGCAGAGUCUAAGAAUAGAUUUUGCCUGCCCAUAAACAGGUCUAAUGGAGGUGCCCCUUGCAAAUUCAAAGCUCUAACUUAAACCUAGUGCAACCAGAGGACAGUGUUUCUUGGAAUAAUGGAAUCGUUUGCGUGAAUAUUUUAGGGCAUGACGGAAUAAUUCACUCUCAUGUGAUAGUUCCACAGAUGAAUAUUUUAACAGAAAAUGUCAUACAAUUCUUUGCUGAGUCACUCCCUAUCAGAAGCAAACACACAUCCUAUCAUGUCAUGAUAUUUUACAAAAUACCAAGCCAGCUUUUUCUUGUUCCAUUAACUUCAGUUGAAAUUUAGCUGUUUAUAUUCCAGUCUGUGUAAAGAUAUGAGAUUAGCUCAUUCAGCCCUUCAUGCUGGCAAUGCCAUUUAUUAAGAUCUUUACUAAUCUUUCUCGUCAGCACUAUUUUCUGUACCAAUCCCGUACCUUUUUAAUUCCUGCAAAUUUAACUUUUUUUAAAAUCUUGAAUGCCCUCUGUGACUGAGCCUCCACUGCUCUCCUGGACGGAGAAUUUCUAAGACUGACCAAUCUGUGGUAAAGAAAGUUCUUCUCAUCUGCCCUGAAUAGCUGAUCCCUGAUUUGGAUCCUGUGACCCCUGGUUCUAGACAUGCCAGCCAAGGGAGGUCUGACCCUGCAUCCAACCUGUCAAAUUGUGUCCACUUCAAUGAGAUAAAUUUUCAUCCUUUUCACAAAACUCAGAGAGCAGAGGCUCAGUGCACUUAUGAUAUUCUCAUGCAAUAGGAGAGAAAUAAAUGGGCAGUUAUUUCAUCUGAGUACUCUUUUAGCUGCUCAGUGCGGGCUACAGUCCAUUCCAAGCAUGCGCUGAAAGUUCCCCUUCCCAAGCUUCACUAAGGUCCUCAAGGGAAUGUUUUUUUUGGGCUCGUCUCAGCCCAAUGACUGAUGGAUACAGAUUCAAGGCACCAAUCCACCUAUUCCAAAAUUCAAGAUGAUGGGUGGAACAAAUUUAAAAAAAUACUGUUAUUGAUACAAAAUAGAGCCUUUUGUUAUAAAAAUAUUGUAGAAUGUGAGAGGGAUAUUAGGCUGUUAACCCUUAUAAACAUUGCCUGCUGUGAACUCGCCCUUGAAAGCUUGUCCAGUAAGGCCACAGGCUAUCAGCAUUGCACCACUUGAUGAAUUGUUAUCGAGCAUAUUUUCUAAAACUAUAGAUGUUUCUGUACAGAAUCUUUUUAAAAUCAGGCUGAUUUUUCUGAAGUACACGUGGCCAUGUUCGAUGAUGUAAGCGGGUAUGUGCUAAUCACCUCGCUCCUGGCUGAUUUUGUCAAGGGUGGGGAACUGAAAGGUUUAACCUUACAAGUUAACGUAUUAACCAUUCCUUUCAUGCAGCAGCUUUUGUUUUUUAAUGUUGGUGUUCUGAUUUGGAAUCUAGGUGUUCAGUUGCGUGAUGUAUAAUGUCUAUUCUGCCAAUUCUCUUACUCCCCCCUCCCCCCCACCCCACCCAUCUCCCCCAUCACCAUGUGAAACCAUUUGUCCAUGCAGUGUUCUCGUUACGGCAACAAGUCUUUGUUCUUAGGAAGCAAUGUAUGAAUUUUGUUUUGAUUGUUAUGAGUGAUUUUUAUUAUCCA